UUAAACGACGUUACACACGGAGGAAACAGGAACACACGGGUCUGUCUCCGGCUGUUUAUGGCACAAAUCACGGCUGUAUUCUGCCGGAGACCGAGUAAGAAAAUCCUCCAGGACAGUAGCGGGGAUUCAUCACUUUUAAGGCCGGGGACUGGAGCUUCGACUGCCGGGGGGAGACGCUUACUCACGGGGUGUUAGUUGGACCGGACCGGAGCGAGACGAGAAGAAGAGAAGCAGGGUGGACAGGUGGACAGAUGGAGACCCCAGCGUGAACAACGAUCUCAAGCGAAGUUAAACACAGCUCGGCUUGGCUAAGCUAAGCUACGAGACCUCCAGAACCAUGGCUGGGACGCUGUUAAAUUUAUCCUCCAACAGGCGCAUCAUCGCGGGCCUGCUGGUCAACCUGCUGUCCUCCAUCUGCAUAGUUUUUAUCAACAAGUGGAUCUACGUACACUACGGCUUCCCCAACAUGACGCUGACCCUCGUUCACUUCGUGGUCACCUGGCUGGGACUCUACAUCUGUAACAAAAUGGACAUUUUCUCUCCAAAAAGCCUCCCCAUUCGCCGGAUAGUGUGGCUGGCUCUGAGCUUCUGUGGGUUCGUGGCCUUCACUAACCUUUCCCUGCAGAACAACUCAAUAGGCACGUACCAGCUGGCUAAAGCCAUGACCACACCCGUCAUCAUCCUCAUCCAGACCACCUACUACAAGAAGACCUUCUCCACCAAGAUUAAACUGACGCUGGUGCCCAUCACAUUAGGCGUGAUAUUGAAUUCCUACUUUGAUGUGAGGUUCAACCUGCUGGGGACGGUGUUCGCCACGCUGGGUGUGCUGGUGACGUCGCUUUACCAAGUGUGGGUGGGAGCUAAACAACAUGAGCUCCAGGUGAACUCCAUGCAGCUUCUGUACUAUCAGGCCCCCCUGUCCUCAGGCUUCCUGCUCUGCGUCGUUCCCGUGUUUGAGCCGCUGACUGGAGACGGAGGAAUAUUUGGACCCUGGUCUCUACCGGCUCUGGUCAGACUCAACCACACACACACACACACACACACACACACACACACACACACACGGGCGGCAGACUGGAUGGCGUGCGGAACGUUGCUGCCCCAACAGGCCGGUCGGUGUAACUGCAUCCUGGAGGAAAUCACAUAG